AUGUCCAGCGUCCUCUUUGCACACCCCGCCGCACGCCUCGUCAAGCACAUCCCGCCCGCCGGCGCCGUGCGCAAGAACGGUCAUGUGCCGCGCGACCUGCUCGGCGCCGGCCCGCUCGCCGCCGCGCACGCCGAGACGCUCGGCCACGUGCUCGCCGCGCACGCCGGCGCGCUGCAGCUCUGCGCCGUGCCCGACCCGGCGCUACCCGGCGGCAGCACGCUCGUGCUGCAGCUCGCCGCACCGCCGCCGCCCGCCGGCGACGGCGAGCUCGUGCUGCCGUUCCGCCUGUUCAGCAGCAGCGACGCCGGCACGCCGCGCGCCACGUACGCCGGCCUCGGCGCCGGCAAGCACGGCGUCGACGGCGGCUCCUUCUGGUUCUUCGAGUCGCCCGAGGAGCCCGGCGCGCUGGAUCGUCUGCGCUGGGAGGCAAGUGGCACGGGCAAGCGCGCCGUGUGGACGGUGUGGCUGCUCGGUGCUCCGGCGCCGCUCAUCACGAACCUGCAAGACCUGCUGGCGACGCAUCCUGCGCCCGUAGCGCCGCUGCCGCCGUGGCUGCGCGACGGCGCAACGUGGCGCGACAUGUACCUCGCGCUGCCGGCGCCCGCGGUGGCCGAUGUGGCCGAGGAGCCGCUCGCCGAGGCUGAGGAGCAGACGAGCACGCCGCAAGCGGCAAAGAACGGCACGCUGAUCUCGCUGCCGCCGCUGCCCGUGCCGUCUAUCCUCGCGCCCACAAUGCUCGAGAUCCCUGAUUCUGCGGCCUCGGUGAAAGACGAGGCCAGCGUCAGCGCCAGCACGCUGCGCAUCCCUCGCCUGCCGCGCGCUGGCACGCCCGCGCCAUCGAGCUUCCGGCAUAGCCUCGUCAUGCUCGACAAUCUCACGGGCGAUGUGGUCGGCGUGCUGGCCGAAGGUGUCAACCUCGCCGUGCCACCCUCCGCUUCCGCCCUGUCGCCAGCUGCGUCUGCGCUGAACGCUCCGCCGCGUCCUGUCGCUGCGCGUUCUGCGCCGCCGCCUCCACCGCCGCCCAAAGAGCCCAAGGAACUGCCUAUUGAGCGAGCGGCCAGCAUCUACAUCGACUCGAUGGCGCGCCGGCCUUCAUCGCGCCCAGGCAGCAUCCUAGGCGCCGACACGUUCGCGCCGCCACCAGUGCCCGUCUCGAAGGACCACCUGGCGCCGACGUCGCGCGAGUCCGGCACGAGUGUCUUCUUCAGCGCUGCCGAGUCUGCUGCGUCCGAGAGCGACGCCGAGAGCGACGCAGAAGAGGGCUUCGCGAAGCUGCGUCUCGACGGAGCGGAGGCCACGCGGCCGGACCUGCUGCGCGACCAGCGCCGCGAGGCAAGCGCCGCCAGCGACGCCAGCGGCUCGACAGUCGGCGGACCGGCGGUGCGACUCUGGUGCAAGGCGCGCGGCAAGAAGAGCAAGCCAGAGAAGGCGGCGCCAGAGCAGGUGCUGGCGGCGGUCCCUCGCCGGGAGCUGCAGGUCAGCGAAGCGAGCGUGCGGACCUCGAGAGCCGAGACGGCGGCCGAGGAGCUGUGCGCAAGCGCCGCUGCAUCUUCCGACGAAGAUGCAGCUCCCCAGCCGCUCAUUCAGGCCCUAGUCCCUGCAUUGCCGCACCGCGCCGAGGCGUCGCACAUCCGCGGCGCCGAAGACGCACUCUGGCGCGCGGCGUUCGAGACGGAGUCCUUGCCGCUCGAUGCGCCGUACACCCACCUUGCCGCUUCUUUCGGCACGACCAAGCAGCAGAAGCGCGAGGCGGUCGACGAAGGCAUGGAGAUGCUCUCUGCGUCCGAGGCCGCCGCGCGCCAGCGCGAGACUCGAGAAGUGGCGCCGAUGAUGCGGGGCGGAACGGUGCUGCUCGAGUUCCUCGCCGGCUCGCGCAUUGGCGCGACGCUGCUCCCCGACUCCUCCGCGCCGGCUGAGAGCACGGCAGCCCCUGUCAAGGAGGAGAACGCCAUGCGCGAAGGUGUCAUGGCGUACGUGCCCGUUCUGCCGGCACACUUCCUGUGGUGGCUCGGCAUCUCUCCCUCUGCCAACUCCCACGCACCCGCGGCAGCUCCGUCGCCCGCUGCGGAACCCAGCGCCGCACUCUCGUCGCUCGUCGCCCUCAGCCCAGACGUCUGGCGCCUGCUCGCGCUGCCCUCCUCGCUCAGCGACACGGUCAUCACUGGCGCCUCGAGUGCGUGGAGCGGUCUCAGCUCCUACAUGAGCCUCGCCUGGGGCUCGCUCCCCGCUCUGUCGCCCUCCGCCGCGUCCGAUACAGACUCCAACGGACCGCUGACUCCGUCCGACGUCGACGCGGAUGCCGUCGAGGUCGACUCUGAGGCAUGGGAGUGGCAGGUGCCUGCGUUCCGCCCGGACUCGCUCGACUCGACGCCGCGCCCCGUGUACCGGCGCAAGCGCCCGCUGCCGUCCGCCAUGGGCGGCUUUGCGGUGCGCGAGGCGUCGCUGGACGCGCAGCAGCGAGAGCAGCGCUACUCCAUCGUGCACUACGACGGCGAGGGCAUUGGUCGGCGGGCGGUGGUCAGCGUGCCAGGUGUCCGUGCCUAA